AUGGAUAAUCUGAGAGAACAGCUCCAUUAUUUUUUAUUCGACAGAGAUGGAGAUUUGCUCUACGAAAUCGGAGCAGUAGCCGUGGCGUAUGGAAUAUACAAGAUCGCUUAUAUAAUUUUGAAGAAUACAGUGUUUCAUCCGAUUCCGACUUUUCCGUAUCCACAAACGAGGGAUGAGAAUUUUAAGGUUAUCAAAAAUGCACUUGAAGAAGGAACAUUGCCGAAGAUUUUCAGGCCGCAUUUUUUUCCUGGAUCGACUUUCAGUAAUUUUUACGUCAUCACCGAUUUUGAAAUCAUGAAAGAAGCCUUCUCAAAACGUUCAAUGUCGAACCGUCAGUUUUCAGAGAGAUUUGAAUGUACCAUCAAAAAUAUGCUGCGGAGAAAAGACUACCACGAGAUUGCAAAAUCUAUAUUGGAUGAAAAUGACCAGCUGCUCAAGAAUGGCGUUGGAAAUUUGGCCGGAAUCGCUGAAGGACGUUAUGAUCAGUUCCACAAGAAAAUCAGGGCUCAAUGGCAUGAUACGAUGAAGCGUCUUGUCGGGAAAAAUAAGCUCGCAGAAAUCAUUCAAGCGUCGACGGAAAAUGUAUGUCUUCAUCUCGAGCGACUAGGAUCAGAUCCUUCGGGAAUAGACCCAAGAAGAAUUUUCAUGAACGGAAGCAUCAAUGUUACUUCUGGACUUGCCUUUGGAAUAAAUUACGACUUCGAAGAUCCCGAAUUUUUGAAAAUUGCUGACUACGUUGAUAGUUUUUUCGUCGGAGUUUUGCACUUUAUCUUGAAGUGCAUUUGCAACAAUGCUCUUCCCCUUUGGACAUUGAUAAAAAAAAACCAUGAAAACCAUGAAAAGAUCAGCCAAAGUGACUUCUACAACAAACUUUGGCUGAAAACGCCACUAAAACACUUUGAAGAUGCUUUGCCGCUUUUUCACAGUUAUGUUUUCAAAAUUAUCAAGGAGCAGCAAAAAACCCUAGACCCUGCAAAUCCCAGAAAUCUUCUAGAUACCCUUCUAAUCGAAGCAUCAAGAGAUCCUGAAUGGGGAUAUUUCACUCUUGCUGCUACAAUCGUAGCGCUUUACUUGGCUGCUACCGAUACUUUAGCAAACACUCUGACUUGGCUAUCGUUGGUUCUUGCUGACCACCCAGAAGUGCAGGAAAAAAUUUACGAAGAGUUAAAGUCUGCCCGUGAAAAAGACAAUGACCUGAUAAAAGAGAACUGUCCUUUUACGAGAUCCGUUUUGUUGGAAAGCAGAAGGUUGAAUCCGAUCGCAGAAACGCUCGUUCAUGUUGCCUCGGAGGACACGCAAGUCAAAGGGUUUACUUUUCCGAACAACUCGCAAAUCAUCGGGUCUCUUGCGGCGGUGAUGCAUGAUCCGAAAAACUUCCCAGAGCCUUCAAAAUUCAUUCCAGAUCGUUUUAUUGAUGAGAACGGAGAAUUCGUCAAUGACCCAAAAGUCUGCGGCUUCUCUGUCGGUCUUCGAAAUUGCAUCGGUAAAUCGUUGGCGAUCGAGGAGUACUUUGCUUUUGGGACAAGUAUGGUGGAGAAUUUCGAGAUUAAGAGGAUUGCUGGAAAUAUGGAUAUUGCUGACCAUCCUGGCCUCAGAAUUCCAAAAGAUGAUAUUCGCCUUCAAUUUAUUCGAAGAAAAAAUAAAGCAUAA